AUGGGACAUAACAGUAGUCACCAGAACAGAGGCAACUCAUACAGAGGUAACAAGUACAGAUAUAUCAAAUACAAAGGUAACAAAUACAGUAGUGACAAAUACAGUGGUAACAAAUACAGUAGUGACAAAUACAGAGGUAACAAAUACAGUGGUGACAAAUACAGUAGUGACAAAUACAGAGGUAACAAAUACAGUAGUGACAAAUACAGUAGUGACAAAUACAGAGGUAACAAAUACAGUAGUGACAAAUACAGAGGUAACAAAUACAGUAGUGACAAAUACAGAGGUAACAAAAACAGUGGUAACAAAUACAGUAGUGACAAAUACAGAGGUAACAAAUACAGUGGUAACAAAUACAGUAGUGACAAAUACAGAGGUAACAAAUACAGUAGUGACAAAUACAGAGGUAACAAAAACAGUGGUAACAAAUACAGUGGUAACAAAUACAGUAGUGACAAAUACAGAGGUAACAAAUACAGUAGUGACAAAUACAGAGGUAACAAAUACAGUAGUGACAAAUACAGAGGUAACAAAUACAGUGGUAACAAAUACAGUGGUUACAAAUACAGUGGUAACAAAUACAGUAGUGACAAAUACAGAGGUAACAAAGGUAACAAAUACAGUGGUAACAAAUACAGUGGUAACAAGUACAGUAGUGACAAAUACAGAGGUAACAAGUACAGUAGUGACAAAUACAGAGGUAACAAAUACAGUGGUGACAAAUACAGAGGUAACAAAUACAGUGGUAACAAAUACAGUGGUUACAAAUACAGUGGUGACAAAUACAGAGGUAACAAAUACAGUGGUAACAAAUACAGUGGUAACAAAUACAGUGGUAACAAAUACAGUGGUAACAAAUACAGUAGUGACAAAUACAGUAGUGACAAAUACAGAGGUAACAAAUACAGUAGUGACAAAUACAGAGGUAACAAAUACAGUAGUGACAAAUACAGAGGUAACAAAUACAGUGGUAACAAAUACAGUGGUAACAAAUACAGUGGUUACAAAUACAGUGGUAACAAAUACAGUGGUAACAAAUACAGUGGUUACAAAUACAGUGGUAACAAAUACAGUGGUUACAAAUACAGUGGUGACAAAUACAGUAGUGACAAAUACAGAGGUAACAAAUACAGUGGUAACAAAUACAGUGGUAACAAAUACAGUGGUAACAAAUACAGUGGUUACAAAUACAACUGUUUCAAAUUCUUGUAG